AGACUUGUUAAAUUAAUGUCGCGGUAUAAAAAGCGGGCCCAUAUAUUUCCAAGGCAGUACCGGUGCGCUCGUGGUACCCGUAGAAUGUGAUAUAUUUUCUUCACCGUAGAUAAUGUUCCGUAGAACGCGGGUUCUAGUCGCGCUGUGGGCCCUCGCGGCGGCCCACCCGUACCCGGACGCCGCCCCCGACGCCACGCCCGACGAGUCGCCGAUAGUGACCACGCCCCUCGGACAAGUGCAAGGCUCGGUGAUCCAAUCGAGGCUCGGGAAACGAAUCUACGCGUUCAGGGGCGUACGGUACGCCCGGGCGCCAAUCAACGAGUUGAGGUUCCAUCCACCCCAGCCGAUAGAGAAGUACGAGGGGGUGUACAACGCGACCGUAGACGGGCCGUUGUGUCCGCAACCGGGCGCCGACCCCACCUCCGAAGACUGUCUGCUGCUGAACGUCUACACCACAAGGCUACCCAAAGGCGAUGAGAAGAGCGUUAAACGACCCGUAGUAGUCUACUUGCACGGGGGAGGAUUUUACAGUGGCGGCGCCGCGAGUUACUGGCUGGGGCCCCAGUAUUUCUGCGAUCAGGACGUGGUGUUGGUCACUCUCAACUACCGGUUAGGCGCUCUAGGUUUCAUUUCGACGGGAGAGAAAGACGCCCCCGGCAAUAACGGGUUAAAGGAUCAGGUGCAGGCGCUCAAGUGGGUGCAGCAGAACGUCGAGUCGUUCGGAGGCGACCCGAACUCGGUAACGUUGCUGGGUUACAGCGCUGGCGCGGUCAGCGUCGUCCUCCACAUGGUCUCUCCCAUGUCGGCAGGUCUGUUCCACAAAGCGGUCGCCAUGAGCGGCUCGCCGACCAGCCAAUGGACCAUACCUCACGAGCAACUCGAGCUGGCUAAGAAACAGGCGCGAUUGGUGGGUUGCGGAGACGCGACCCCAGCCGACGUCAUCAAAUGCUUAAAGAGCAAACCGGCCAACGAGAUCGGGCAGUCGUUGCCGAAAUUCCAGGAGUUCGGGCUCGAUCCGCUGCUCAUUUGGACGCCGGUCAUGGAGAAGGACUUCGGACAGCCGCGGUUCCUGCCCGCCCAUCCGAUCACGCUGAUUCAGAACGGGGAGUUCCACAAGGUACCGUUCCUUACCGGCGUGAACACGGACGAGUUCGGGUACCGAGCGUUUGAUAUCGUGAACAACCAGACGCUUCUCAACUUACUCAACGACAAAUGGGAGGAGAAGGCGCCCAUCACCUUCUGGUACGACCGCAACACGGACCAAUCGAAGAUGGUGAGCAAAGCGCUGAAGGCGUACUACUUCAACGACCAACCGCUGGACAAGACGCUGCUGGCUAACCUGGCGCAGCUGUACGCCGACGCGAACGCCGGCUUUGGUGUCAACAGGGCAGUCAAAUUGGUCAGCGAAAAGAACAACCAAUCGAGCUACUACUACAGGUUCAAUUACCAGGGAAGAUACAGUCACUUUUACACGCCCGAGAGCAACAACACUCAGCCAUACGGUGUCGUCCACAAUGACGAUCUCAUCUACCUGUUCUAUAUCUCCAAGCUGUUCCCGUUGUUCAAGGAGAACACGCCCAAAGAAGUCGAAAUGGUGACGAAACUGACCAGUCUCUAUGCCAACUUUGCAAAAUUCGGCAAUCCGAUACCGACUCCAAACGAUAAAUUGGACAACGUCAAAUGGGAACCGUUCACCCCGAAGACCCAAAAGUACCUCGAUCUCGGGAACAAGCUGACCGUGCAGGAAAAACUUUACGAAAAACGGUACGCCGAAUGGGAAAAACUGUUCCCGCUAGAGAAAUACACGAAACACUCCCAAGGAUAAACGACACGAGAGAAUCGCUCCCACACUCGGUCCCGACCAAACGCAUCGUUUACUAGUAAUUUAAGCGCAAUAAAAAAAAAAAACAAAAAAAUACGUGUUAGGAUUUUGUACAUAUAACUUUUGUAACGAACCGUUUUAAUAAAUACACUUAGAUCUUUA